AUGGGAAAGUACCUCUUGCUGCUACUCGUGGGUAUCUUUUUGCUGGUGGGCUUUCUGCAAGCACUGAAAUGUGUCCACUGUGGAAUGUUUAGCUCUUCUGGGAUUUGUGAGACAGGAGAAACCUCCUGUGAGGCUAUAAAUAAUAAUAAGUGUGCUUUAUUGCUACGCUAUAAAGAUGGCAAAUUCCAAUAUGGCUUCCAGGGAUGUCUUGGAACGUGCUUCAAUUAUACCAAGAUCAGCAAAAAUGUGAUAAUGGAAUAUAAAUGUUGUGAUCAUAAAAAUUUUUGUAAUAGGCCUUAA